GCUAUGGACCAUGAAAACCGUACUGAAUUAUGGCAGGCCAGAAUGAGAGAAUUAUCGGGGGCGAUAGCGGUCUCUGCUUUGUUUCAAGUGAUCAUUGGAUUCGGAGAAAAGUCGAUAUAUCGAACGGACGUUCGAUCACCGAUCAUCGCAUCCAAGGCAGACCGAUCUACGUCAAGAUUCAACCCAAAAUACGACUGGAAACAGAGCGGAAGAAAUUCAACACGACAACGAAUCUGAACAUCAUGCUAGCGAUCAUCUUACUGUGUGCGAGCGCAAUAGCAGUCGUAGGAGGGAUCGAGUCGUCGGUAAUCAAUGAAUAUCGAAUCAACAAUUUUCAAACAUCGCCAGAAAUAUACUUCGAGGAAAUAGGAUCAUUAUAUUUGGUAAAAGGAAAGUAAUCCACAUGGAUCUACACUAUAUGGAAAGAAAAGCAGACGUUUUAUUCAAAACACUAGAAACUUUGGAAAAAUUAUGCAACAAAACGACUGACGAUUCACUAUGUUCCACCGUAGACAGCACAUUAAAACCGUUAUUGAAGAAAGUCAGUUCCUCAAUAACAGCGAUAUACAACUUCGUAGGCACAGGAGAAAGUAGAAACAAAAGAGGAUUAAUUAACGGUCUAGGAACAGUAAUCAAAGCAAUGACUGGGAAUCUCGACCAAGAUGACGCAGAAAAAAUAGAUAAAAACAUUGACGACAUAAUAACAAGACAAAAAACUGACGAAGAUAUGUUAAAAGAAAAUGUACAAAUUCUACAAUCUACACUAAAACUCUACAACGAAUCUACUUCCGAAAUAAUAGACAAAAUGGACAAUUUAAUGCAUAUGAUAGAAAGAAUUAAAAACACGGUAGAAGGUCAAUUUUCAACAAUAAAAAGGAAACAAAUGAUAGACGAAAAUAUAAACAUAUUUACAGCGACAGUCGAAGCUUUUACAAGCGACGUAAAUCAACUAGCAAACUUUUUAACAGAAAUUUACAAGGGAACAAUAAACCCUACGGUAAUUUCACCCAAACAAUUGGCCGACUAUCUAAUAGAAGCAACUCCCUACAUUCCUAAAGGAUUAAACUUUCCAACAAACGUUAAGAGUAGUGAAAUGACUAACUUACUGAAAACAGCAGAAAUCACUAGCUAUACAGCAAAACUACGAUUUGUUCUAAUCAUAAAAUUCCCUUUAAUCGAAAGUUCAAUUUUGAAAGUCAACAAAGUCUACCCACUACCUACGAAAAUCAAUGAAAAUCAGUUCCAAUUCAUAGAAACUACAUCUAAAAUAAUAAUCGUUGACAACUACAAAAGAAUGUAUAUAACAAUGUCUGAAGAAGAUUUAAACAAAGCCAGAAAAGUCGACAAUAUCUAUUAUUACAAACCUAAACAGUCACUACAAACAAUAAACGGCAAUACGCCAUGCGAAAUAGCGAUUUAUUUAGGAAAUAAUCCCGAAAAACUAUCAUGUAAUCAACGAAUUGUAAAACUCGAGAAAACAUUAAUAAUCGCACUAGAAAAAGAAGGUAGAUGGCUAUUCGUAGCGCCAAAACCCGAAAGCGUAAGAAUAGAUUGUAAAAAUAAAUCUCCGACACACGAAAUAAUCCACAAUACAGGAUUACUGGCUUUGGACGGAGAAUGUUCCGCCACAUCGAUAAAUUUUCAAUUGUUAUCUUUAAACGAACUACGACAACACGAAUUUAUAACAUUUAUACCACUAUAUAAUCUAACAAAUGCGAUUGGAAUGGUAAACGCUAAUCACUCAAUUUUCGAUUACAGCGUACCAUCAAAAGUAAUUAUCAAUCCACUAGAAACGAACGCAUUAGGAGAAAGAAUCGAAAUCCUUAAGAAAAAACUAGAUGAAGAACCAAAUAUUUGGGCACAUCCCUAUCACAUAAUCGGAAAUUAUUCUAUAAGUGCCAUUAGCAUGACUAUGAUCAUUUUAAUAAUCAUCAUAUUAACAAUUUUCAAAGCUAAACAUUGUCAACGAAUUCGAUUAAUACAACAAACUAAUGAUAUCGAACUAGCCCCGACUUUCGUGGCAAGACCAAAAAUUAUAAAAGAACUCGCAUCUGAAUCUACUAACGACAAAAUUGUCAUCAGAAAAGCAAAAUCGAAAAACGCAAACAAAAAUGGCUCAUUGUAACCUCAAAAAAAAAACUUACAUUAAACAGGGAACUAGAAAAAAGGAACUAGAAAACAAACAUAACUACGAAAUGAUUCAAAUUUAAUUAUUUUAUUCCGUGCGAAAAAGUAGCCAAAAUGAAUUUCGUCUCCCGAAGGGGGGAGGGAUGUUGUGC